AUGGCCGCGAUCAACUACCUCCUCUACGAGGCGCCCAUGGGCUACGGUGUGUUCCACAUCGAGCACCAGCCCGACAGCAUUGGCCUGCGCCAGAAGGAGGCCCAGGAGUCCAUUGCCGACCUUGCCCGCUUCGGCAAGAUGGUCAAGCUCGUCAACUUCACCCCUUUUGACACCGGAAAGCAGGCAUUGGACGAGAUCAACCACAUCUCUGAGGGUCUCAUGUCGGACCACCUUAAGUCGGUCCUUGAGCUCAACCUCCCCCAGACGAGCGGCAAGAAGAGCAGAAUCACCGUCGCCGUGGCCGAGAAGAACCUGGCCUCUGUGAUCAAGUCCACCUUCCCCGGUGUCGACUGCGAAACCUCCGAGACCUCUGAGGUCGCCGGCGACCUCCUCCGUGGCGUCCGCCUGCACGCUGACCGCCUCCUCAAGGGCCUGCAGACGGGCGACUCGACCGCCGCCGGCCUCGGCCUGGGCCACUCGUACUCGCGCGCCAAGGUGAAGUUCAGCACCACCAAGAACGACAACCACGUCAUUCAGGCCAGCGCCACCGUCGAGUUCCAGGACAAGGGCGUCAACCAGUUCUUCAUGCGCGUGCGCGAGUGGUACGGCUGGCACUUCCCCGAGCUCGUCAAGAUUGUCUCGGACAACCUGACCUACGCCAAGCUCGUGCUCGCCAUCGGCGACAAGGCCACCCUCACGGACGACCGCCUGCACGACAUCGCCGCCCUCGUCGAGGAGGACGGCGAGAAGGCCCAGGCCAUUAUCGACGCCGCCAAGGUGUCCAUGGGCCUGACUAUCAUGCCCGCUGACCUCGAGAUCGUCAAGGGCUUCGCCGAGGCCGUCGUUGCCCAGGCCGAGGCUCGCCGCUCGACCGCCAACUACCUCGACAAGAAGAUGUCCAUUGUCGCACCCAACCUGCAGACCCUCAUCGGCACCCCCGUUGCCGCCAAGCUCAUCUCGCACGCCGGCUCCCUGACGAACCUGUCAAAGUACCCGGCCUCGACGCUCCAGAUCCUCGGCGCCGAGAAGGCCCUCUUCCGCGCCCUCAAGACCAAGAGCAACACCCCCAAGUAUGGUCUCAUCUACCACUCCAGCUUCAUCGGCAAGGCCGCCGUCAAGAACAAGGGCCGCAUCUCCCGCUACCUGGCCAACAAGUGCUCCAUCGCCUCCCGUAUCGACAACUACACCGAGAACCCCACCACCAAGUUCGGUGAGGCUCUGCGCCAGCAGGUCGAGGACCGCCUCGAGUUCUACGCCACCGGCAAGAAGCCCGCCAAGAACGCCGAUGUUAUGGCCUCCGUUCUGGAGCAGGUCGAGGGCGACAUCACGCUCGACGACGCCGAGAUGGUCGACGCCGUCGCGCCCGAGGUUAAGAAGGAGAAGAAGGAAAAGUCCAAGGACAAGAAGGAGAAGAAGGAUAAGAAGGACAAGGAGAAGAAGCGCAAGCGCGAGUCCGACGUCGGCGCCGCCGCCGAGCCCGAAAAGGCUGACGGAGAAAAGAAGAAGAAGAAGAAGAAGUCCAAGGACGAGUAA